UGUGCUCAUAAUCCUUUGCGAGCGGUUUUGUUGUUGAUCUAAAAAAGCAAAAUGGCGUCCAAUAAUCAGAAAGUCGUCAAAGAGGUUCUUUACCCCGGGGAAGGGGAUAUUCCUGCUUUUCCUCAUGGAUCUAAGGCGGUGUUUCAUUUCAAGACAUUUUUAAUGGAGCAAUCCGAGAAACAAGAGCUUGAUUGUAGCAGGAAGAUCGGCCAACCCUUUGAGCUUCUCAUGGGAAAGAAGUUUAAGCUAGAGAUAUGGGAAGAACUGAUCAAGACAAUGCGAGUUAAAGAAGUGGCUAGGUUUACGUGUGAUAAGUCGGUGGUUGCAGGUUAUCAUUUUGUGUCUAAAAAUUUCCGCAAUGCAGUAAAGAAAAACAAAGGUGAACAUGUGCAUGACCACCAUGAGCACUCCUGCAGUUUUUCUGCAGUCACUACGACAGGAUAUGCAGACUUAGAUGUUCUCCUAACAGGAGAAAAGGACCUUAUCUUUGAAAUUGAACUCAUUUCUGUUAACAAACCUGGAGAAUACAAGAAAGAGACCUGGCAGAUGGAUCCAAAAGAGAAGCUUGCAGCAAUUCCUAAGUACAAAGAAGAGGGGAAUGAGUUAUAUGUUGAUGGCAAGUAUAAAGACGCAGCUGAAAAAUAUGCAGAGGCUUUAGGUUGCCUGGAGCAACUGUCUAUUAGAGAAAAACCAGGAGAUGAAGAAUGGGUCAAACUAGAUCAAAUGAAAAUUCCUUUUCUUUUAAAUUUCUCCCAGUGCAAGUUACUUCUUGGUGAAUAUUAUGAGGUGAUCAAACAUACUUCAACAGUUUUAGAGAAGGAUAAAGACAAUGUUAAAGCACUAUUUAGAAGAGCAAAAGCUCACAAAGCUUGCUGGGAUCCCGAAGAAGCUAGAUCUGAUUUCAAGAGAGCUGCAGAGCUUGAUCCAAGUUUAACAAAGGUAGUGAGGAAGGAGGUCAGCGAGCUAGACCAAAUGAUCAAGGAUCACAAUGCAGAGGACAGGGAAAAGAUGAAAAAACUUUUUGCAGCUUAAUGAUUUAGAACAGAUUAUUGACAAGAGAUUGCAAUGCAAGCCCCCGAUACCAAGGCAAAUUUAAAAGGUAAUCUAGGAUAUAGUUUCCUAUAUUCAAAACAACAUGUCCAAGAAACAAGGGUAUUAAAUCAUGUUCUUUUUUCACGGUCCAGGCUUAUUAAUCGUUUUAGCAGUACAUCACUUAGCCUUUUUAAAUUAUUGGUACUACACUUAUUUUGUUCUUAAACAGUUUUUGUUUCAGGCUGCUUGUUUCUGAGUUUUCUCAGUCUAUGUGUAGAUCACAUUCUAAUAGACUGCUAUUUUGGCAUGAAUUGCACGAUUGCCAUUGCAUCAUUUUGCAUUGUUUUCGUGUUUUUUUAACUUUUUUGUUUUGUAUUAUAUGUAUAUUAUUAUUAUAUUGAAAAAUAUUAAUUUAUUAUCGAGGAAUCUGAAGAAUCCGACUGUGCUGAGUAUAAUAAAGAAAACACUAACAGUG